GCCUGUCAGGGUCUGUGUGGGUGCCCUCUCCCCCAGCUGGGCUAACCUGGGGGGGGGUAACAUGUUUCCUCUGAGUGGGUGUCAGGUUGUGGUGGGGGCAGCUCUGUGGGAGAGCGUUUGACUGCAAGUUCCACCCCACUCCCCUGCACAGUACCUUGCUCUGGAUAAAGGCAUCAAUGAAGACGAUGCAUGAAUUCCAUGGUUAUAAGAAUCCGCACAGCCUACAUAUAGGCCUAAGUCUAUGUGAUACAGUAACUACUGUAUAAGUACCUAUUACUAGGUCAUUUGCAUCAAACCAGAACCACAAGUUCUAUCGACAUACUCUGGUUUUUCUAUACAGGGACUCUGAAUAGCCGCUUUUGUAUUGUCCCUGCGGGCCGUUGGUUAGCAUCGCGUCCUCUGUCGCUGGCCUCGCUCUCCGCAGCGCAGCCAGCUACCAAGUAGGUCUCCUGGCAGCGCGGCCCACGGGGUCUGCUGCCGCGCUCUGCUCCAGCGCCCACCAGAACAGCCGUCAGGUCUCCGCACCUGACACAGCGCAGCGCCGACACAUCAAUACCUCCCACAGAGGCGCUGCAACGCCAGGAGCCUUAUUCCGAUUUUUCUUGACAGAGUAGGCAAUAAUUUUUUUCAGAUUAUUUUUUAUUUUUUGAGCAAGUCAGCAACCUGUUUUUUUUCUUUUUUCUUUAAAGAACAAAGCGUCUUCUAUCGAGCAUUUUCUGCGCUCAUCCAACCCCUCUUAAUGCAGUUGUAGGCCUGCCCUCUGAGAGGAGGGUGUCUGGGAGCUUUAAUGAGGUCCCGGGUGGCUCGGUGCCUCUCGCUGGCCUGGCCCUCUCAGCCGUGGGGGAUGUCGUUCUGAGGAAGGGACCGGCUUGUCUUUCAGGCCCUGUCUCUCUGUGGACGCUCCGGCGCUCUGAGGCUUCAUUGUCAGCAGGAGAGCCCUGGCCCCUAUGUGGAGACACCUGAGCCCCGUGCGGUGGAGAGACUCAUGCUUUAUUCAGCCUGCUGAUCUCUGCUUUAAUGAGGAGUGACCCACGCCCAGUCCCAGCCUCACUCAGCCCCAGGCCUACCCCAGGCCCAGGCCCAGCCUCACUCAGCCUCAGCCCCAGGCCUACCCCAGCUCCAGUGUCACUCAGCCCUAGCCUUAGCCCAAGCCUCAGCUCCACCCCCAGCCCUCCCCACACAGCAUGGAGAGUCUAGAUCAAGGCCCUCUGUCCUCGCUGUCUUAUCACAUAAGUCCAAGGACUGAUAUGACCUGUUGCCUGUGUGUGUGUGUGUGUUAUAACCAGCACCUCAUGAACCUGCUGUCCAUCCCUCAGCAAGGUAAGAAGGCUGACUGAUUAGGCAGGACGAAGUGUCUCUCCUGAUUCUCCUGUUGGCCUCCACUGGCUGUCGGCCUCAUCGCCAUGACUGCGCGUGAUAUCGCCACGGAUCCUGUUCCCUGGUAACGGCGGUGGUUGCCGGGUGAUGCAGUGAUGAGAGCAUUUGACCCAGCCGUGCAGCGCAUGUUUCACUCCGAGAGCGGAGGCUGUGUAAUGAACAAGCUACGCCAGAGUUUCCGGAGGAAGAAAGACGUGUACGUGCCCGAGUCCAGCCGGCCGCACCAGUGGCAGACUGACGAGGAGGCCGUCCGCACGGGCAAGUGCAGCUUCGCUGUCAAGUACCUGGGCCAUGUGGAGGUGGAGGAGUCCAGAGGGAUGCACAUCUGUGAGGAUGCUGUGAAGAGGCUGAAGACGGACAGGAAAUUCUUCAAGGGCUUCUUUACAAAAGCAGGGAAGAAGGCUGUGAGGGCGGUGCUGUGGGUGUCUGCAGAUGGCCUCCGUGUUGUGGAUGACAAAACAAAGGACCUGAUCCUGGACCAGACCAUAGAGAAGGUGUCGUUCUGCGCUCCGGACCGUAACUUUGAGCGUGCCUUCUCCUACAUCUGCAGGGACGGCACCACGCGGCGCUGGAUCUGUCACUGCUUCAUGGCCAUCAAAGACUCGGGAGAGCGUCUGAGCCAUGCCGUGGGCUGUGCCUUCGCCGCCUGUCUGGAGCGCAAGCAGAAGAGGGAGAAGGAGUGCGGCGUCACGGCAACCUUCGACGCCAACAGAACCACCUUCACCCGCGAGGGCUCCUUCCGCGUCACCACGGCGACCGAGGCGGCCGAGCGGGAGGAAGUGAUGAGACAGCUGCAGGAGAAGAAAGCCGAGACGGACGUCAAGACGUCACUUCCUGUGUCGGCCCCGAGCGUGCCUCCCUCCUCAGCCCCCCUCCAGGGGCCCCCCUCCCCCUCCUCGUCUCCCCCCCUGUCCGCGCACGGCCUCGGGCCCCAGGCCAUCCCCCGCAGGCACGCCCCCGUGGAGGCGCUGGCCCGCCAGGGCUCGUUCCGGGGCUUUCCGGCGCUCAGCCAGAAGACCUCGCCCUUCAAGCGCCAGAUGUCACUGCGCAUCGGCGAGCUGCCGUCAACGAUGCAGCGCAAGUCUGACUUCCCCAUGAAGAACACGGUGCCGGAGGUGGAGGGCGAGGGCGACAGCAUCAGCUCUCUGUGCACCCAGAUCACCUCGGCGUUCAGCGGGCCGCCCGAAGACCCCUUCUCCUCAGCGCCCAUGCCCAGACCUGCCACCUCGCCCCAGUCUCCCGUCGCCCCAGUGAGUGGAACAGCGCCUGCCUUCCCUGUUGCUGCUGUAGCUAACCCCCCUGCCCUGCCCCCUCCACUGCCUGCCCGAGACACUAACCCCUGGGCCAAGACCCCAGCGGGGGCCCUUGCCUCGGCUCACCCAGCCGCAGGAGGCGAUUGGACGAGCCCCGUGAUCGUGGCCCCGCCCCCCUCGUCCUCGCCCGCACUGCCCUCCCACAGGCGCACGCCGUCAGAGGCCGACCGCUGGCUGGAGGAAGUCACCAAGUCGGUCCGUGCCCCCCAGCACUCACCCCUCCUGACCCCGGCCCCACCUGCCCCCCAGCACUCACCCCUCCUGGCUCCGGCCCACCACGCCACCCAGCCCUUCCCCGCCCCCGUGAUGACAGCCCCCACCCAGGUGGCCUUCAUGCCCCCCGCGGUGCCCCUGGUGCCCCCGCGCCAGCCCGUCUACCACCCCCAGCCUCCGGGUCCGUACCCCAUGUCCAACGGGCUGGCCUAUUCCCAGCCCAGUGUACCCGUGGUGGGCAUCACCCCCUCCCAGAUGGUGGCCAACGUCUUCGGCUCGGCCGCGCAUCCCCAGCCCUACCCUCCCCCCCCGGCCUCGUUACCCGCGUACGACGGCCUCGCGCCCUGCCACCUCAGCCACUUCGCCAAGCCCCUCCCCCCUUCCGCCGUCAUCUCCAGCCCCUUCCAGCCUCCCAACGGCAGUGUGGCCUUCAACGGCGCCGAGAGCUGGGCCUCCAGCGCUCCCCAGCCCCCCGCGGCCUGCCCCGCGGCCCCGCCCCAGGCCGACGCCUUCGAGGCGCAGUGGGCCGCCCUGGAGAGCCGCUCCCGCCAGCGCACCACGCCCUCGCCCACAAACCCCUUUUCCAGCGAGCUGCACAAGACCUUCGAGAUCCAGCUAUAGAGACUGAGAGCGUUGAGGGGAGGGGGGGGGGAGGGGGGAGGAGGGGGGGGGGGGAGGAGGCGCUGGAUACACAGGCUGUAGCACUGAGCAGGAGGGGAGGAGGGGAGGAUGGGAGAGGGGGAGGAGAUUGAAACCCUGACCUCCCUCCCUCCUUCUCGUCUUGGUCCGGGGGCACAACCUGAGCAGAGAGGAGGAGGCGAGGCGGGAGAGGAGAGGAGAGGAGGGUGGGUCUUCUGCCCGUGCAUCUCCAGGAUGAGGAGAACGAGCCGCGGCACUCCCGGCGUGUCGUCCGCGUCUCUCCUCCCUCAUGGUUGUUAGGCAGCUCCGGGCUGGCGUCGUCACGACCCUGAGGGGAACCCCGUUCCAUCUCUGGAGACACCCCACCUCCUCCACGCCCUGCAGCUGCUCCCCCUGACCCUCCAGGUGCUGCUCACAGCGCCCCCUGCUGGCUGGAGGGGGAGUUCUCAGCCGCCUGGCAGAAGGACUGCAGCACUGUAGAGAACUGAGCUUCCAGACGACAAGCUCUCCUUCACCUUCAAAAUCAGAAGGAGAAGAGAGAGAGAAUGCCAAAAUCUUUAUUUUUAUGCAUUAAGUAUAUUUUAAAUAGCUUUGGAAUCUUUACAGAAGAGUUGUAAGUAAUCUUGCCAAAGGCACAGGCUAGCUACAAUGAAAUGAGUGGAUGUGUGUGCGUACAAGAGAAAUGAACAUAUAUUAGACAUGAAUAUAUAUAUAUAUAUAUAUAUAUAUGUAUAUCUAUAAAGAAUCUAUACUGUGCACACAGCUCAUGACCGUGCUGAUUUGUAAUGUGAUGUAAAGAGAGAUUGAGUGAAGGGACAGCUGUUUUACUAUCUUUUUUUAAAAUCUGUAUUUUUCCUUUGUUUGGGUCCGGUGAUUGGAUGUGCAUGUCACUGUAAAUAGGUUAUCAUUGCUGCAACAAUCACGGUGGAGCCAGCCUCGACUACCACUGAUCUCCCCUCUUCAAGCCGUGGAUUUGAUUGUUUUUACUGGUGUAGUACUUUUCAGAAUUCACUGAAUUGUACCCCCCUGCACCGCAUCUUAAUUUUUCUUGUUGUGCGUCAACUUUUUUAAAUUUUUUAUUUUACGUGUCAUCUGCCAUUUUCCCCGUUUCAUAGCGUUAUUUGUAUUUCAUUUUUUUGCAUUACAUGAGUUGAUCCUUCGGUUUUGCACAAGCACUAAAGUAGUGGAUGAUUUGGCCACACAGGUGAUAAUGAUGACCAGGGGUCAAAGGCCGUGGCUGUGGGUAGGUUCGCCCUGAGGCUGCAGUACCACUCUGAUCUCUGAACUUUAUGUGGAUCUGAGGCUUCGGUGGAAGGAAAGGAGGAUAUUCAUUUGUUGGUCUCACUCUAAUCUGUCUGUUGGUCUCACUCUAAUCUGUCUGUUGGUCUCACUCUAAUCUGUCAAUCUGUCAAUCAAACCUGUGAAUAUGAUCUAUUCUCUGAUCUCGUUUUUCUCCAUUUUGUAAUUAUUUCAUUACUUUGUAAUUAUUUCAUUACUUUGUAAUUAUUUCAUUACUUUAUUCCAUCUCUUUAAAGAAAUAUUGAAGCUAAAAAGAUUGAAUAAAUUGAUGGUGGUAGAGGAAAA